GUCUGUAACAGGCACUAGAGACGAUGUGUAAAAUUUAACGGAAAUAGACUUGCUGGUAUUGAUUUCAAUACUUCGCUUGUGUCAACUUCAGUGCCGAUCAUCUCCAGAGACAUGCUGCUCGCCUGCCUCCACUCCUCCGAUAGGUUCGUUGGUUGCAGCUAUAGACUUGCGUGGGCUUCGGCAUCCAGCCGUGUUGUGCUUGCAGCGGCCAUUUGAGCUACCAUGUCAUUUAACACGGAGUUGGUCACGUUCCGGCGCGGCCACGCCGACUCUACCGGUGGGGCGGAGAGCACUGAGCCCGCGCUGCCUGUGUCCCGGAGAUAUGAGACCCUGGGCUCAGAGCCAGGGAGAGGCGGCGGCGGCGGCAGUAGCAAUAACGAGGUGUUCAGCGACUCGGAUCUACUCCUGUCCGCCGACACCUUCCACAACCUGCGGCGCCGCACCUGCUGCGGCGUGGACGUGACGUGGCUGGUGGACCGCCUGCCGCCCAGCUGGCUGCUGUGGUGGAAGCGCCUGACGCCCGGCCGCAAGCGCGCCUACACACUGGGCUUCUACCUGUCCCUGCUGCUGGCCUUCAUACUGCUGGUGGUGCUGCCCAUCAACAGCGCAGUCAAGGCCUCGGCGCAGGCAAGGGCGGUGGAGAUGGCAAUGAGGCCCUCGCCGCCGCCGCCACCCAGCCCGCCGUCGCCGCCGGCUCCGCCGCCGUCGCCGCCGCCGCCGCCGCCACCACCUCCGCCGCCGCCUUCACCGCCGCCGCCCUCGCCGCCGCCGCCCAACCCGCCGCCACCCAUGCCAGUGGGUCUUCUGUGCGGCUACAGCGGUCUGCGGCUGCCUGACCUGAUCCGGCCGCUGCACUACGACCUCAGCCUGGACCUGUACUUCGACCCGCACCCCACAGCCGACCCGGCGGCGGAGGCAGGCGGGCGCCGGCGGCUAGUGGCGCUUGAGCAGCAGGAGCUGCAGCGGGAGGAGGAUGGGGAGGUCGGGCAAGGGGUAUCAGGGGGCUGGCGGCGGCGGCGGGGGCUGCUGGAAGGUGGCGGCGGGGGCGGCGGCGGUGCGGGCGCUGAGGGCGCCGACAACGCACCACCAGCGGCGGCCGGCGGGGACCACACCAGCGGUACCGGUGGCGGCGCCGCCAGCCCUGGGGCCAAUAGCACGGACUCCGGCUCUGGAACUGACGCGGGCAGGGAUACCGGUACCGGCGGCGAUGCCGGGACCGGCACAGGCACUGGCGGCACCGGCGGGGCAGAUAGCAGUACUGACACCGGCGGCGCUGACACCGGCGGCGGCGGCUCCGAGCUACCGCCGCCGCCGUCUGACGCGGACUUUGUGUCUGGCCUGGGUUCGGAGUACGUCCUGGGCCGUGUGAACAUCAGCGUGCUGCUGUCGUUCGACACCACCUGUGUGGUGCUGCACGGCGUGGGCAUGAAGGUGGACAGCGCCCAAUUCCACUACAUGGGCGGCGUGUGGAGGGGCACCGUGACCCAGCCGUCUGACCCCAAGACUGCGGCGGCGCUGCAGCAGCUCAUCGUCAGGUUCCCCACGCCACUGCCGCGGACGGAGCUGCCGGACGGCCUCGGCGCCGCCAACGGCAGUGCGGCGGCGCUGGAGGCGGCGGCGGGGCACCUCAGCCUGCGCUUCGCCUACAAGCUGGAGGACGGACUGGACGGACUGUACAAGAGCACCUUCAAGGACAAGUCGGGCGACACGCACGCCAUCGUGUCCACCCAGUUCGAGUCCAUUGCGGCGCGCAAGGCCUUCCCCUGCUUCGACGAGCCGCAGCUCAAGGCCACCUUCAAACUGGCCGUGACCACGCCCGCCUCCACACCCGCGCUGGCAGUGCUGUCCAACUCGGACGUGCGCGACACCUCGCCCGUGCCGCCCGACCCAGCCGCCGCCGCCGGCUCUGGCGGCGCGCCUGCGCGCACCCGCACGCUGUUCUACACGACUCCGCGCAUGAGCAGCUACCUGCUGGUGCUGGUGGCGGGGCCGCUCAGCAGCACCAGCGCCACCUGUGGGGUGCCGGCACCCGGCAAGGCGGUCAAGGUGUCGGUGUGGGCCACGCCCGACAAGGCCGGCCAGCUGGGUGUGGCUCUGGCCGUGGGCUGCUCCGCGCUGUCCACCUACACGGCCGCCUUCGCCACCGCCUACCCGCUGACCAAGCUGGACCUGGUGGGCCUGCCCAACUUUGCGGCCGGCGCCAUGGAGAACUGGGGCUGCAUCACCUUCCGCGAGUCGGCGCUGCUGGUGGAUCCGGCUGCGGACGACGUGAGCACCGUGCUGUGGAUCGCCACCGUGGUCAGCCACGAGAUCAGCCACCAGUGGUUCGGCAACCUGGUGACCAUGUCUGACUGGACGGAGCUGUGGCUGAACGAGGGCUUCGCCUCCUACCUGGAGACACUGGCGGCCGCCGCGUACCGGCCCGACUACGACUACUGGUCUCUGUCGGCCUCCGAGAUGACCUCCGCCGCGCUGGGCUACGACGUGCUGCGCAGCAACCACCCGCUCAGCCGCACCGCGCGGCCCAUCGCCAGCCUGCCCGACAUCGACAACAUGUUCGACCCCAUCAGCUACGAGAAGGGCGGCUCCGUGCUGCGCAUGCUGCGCGCCUACCUGUCCGGCGACCAGCUGGGCCUGGGCGACCAGCUGGACAUGCGCCGCAGCCGCCAGCUGCUGUGGGACACACUCGAGCAGCGCGCACAGGCGGAGGCCGACGACGCAGCCGCCGCCGCCGCUGCCGUCCUGGGCGACUUGGGGGCCGGCGCGGAGGCCGGCGCCGCAGUGGCGCCGCAGCGGCUGUCGCGGACCGCCCGCACGCUGCUAGGGCACCUGAAGAAAAAGAAGCCGCCGCCGCCACCGCCACCGGCGCCGCCGCUUGCGCCCGCUCCGCCAACAGCCGAUAAACGGGCUGUGUCAAAGUCGGGUGGUGCUGGCGGCGGCGGUGGCGGCGACGGUGUGCAUGCGGAGCCGCCGCCGCAUGAGGGCGACCUGGCGGUGCCGCCCUCGCCGCCGGGCCGGGCCAACGGCACCGCGCGGGCACGCGCCAAGCCGCCGCAUGCGGCCUCCACCAACAGCUCCGCCCGCAGCCCCGCCCCGAAGCCCGCCGCCGCCAACACCACCGCGGCACCCGCACCCGCACCCGCGCCGGUGCCUGCGCCCUCAUCAAACAGCAGCCGCACCGCCGCCGCCUUGCCACCCCGGGCACUGGGCGUGUACCCGCCCAGCCCGCCGCCGCCCUUGCCUUCGCCGCCGCAGCGGCUGGCGGCGCCGCCCAGCCCGCCGCCGCCGCGCCCGCCGCGGCCUCCGGCGUACGACCCCAACAAGGACCUGGGGUCUGACCCGCUGUUUGCGGCGCUGCGCAAGUACCUCCAGCUGUACGCGUACGGCAGUGUGACCGCCACCGACCUGUGGGGCUCGCUGUCGGCGUCCCUGUCGCUGCCCAUCUCCAGCUGGAUGCAGGCCUGGACCUACACCCCCAACUACCCCGUCCUGCUGGUCAGCCUGGCCGCCGCGCCGCCAGGGCCCUUCGCCUCCAUCGUGCCGGCCAGCCCCGGCGGCCUCGCCGCCGCCAGCACCUCCCCGCCGCCGCCGCCGCACCCCAACGCCCCGCCCGCCGCGCCUGAGCCGCCAGUCAAAGCCCAGACCGGCGACAACCUGGACCAAGGGGCAGGAGAGGGCGAGGGUGAGGGCGCGGAUGCCUCGCCGCCGCCGGGCCUGCCGCCGCCGGGGUUGCCGGGUCUGCCGCCGCCGCCUGCGGCUGCGCCGCCGCCUGGCGGCUACGUCAACGUGCGUCAGGCGUCCGUCACGGGCACCGCCUGCAACCGGUCGGACCCCGGCUCGCCGCGGUGGUGGGUGCCCAUGAGCUUCCGGCUGCCGACGUCGUCGUCCAUGAAGUGGGCCGCCUUCAGCACCUGCACCGCCGCCGUGCCGCUCACCACCGAGCUGCUCACUGGCAGCAGCAGCGGCAGCAGCAGCAGCAACGGCAGUAGCAGCAACGGCAGUAGCAGCCCGCUGCCGGCCCCCCGCUACGUGCUGGUGAACCCGGGCCGCUACGGCUACUACCGGGUCAACUACAGCCGCCCGUUGUGGGAGGCGCUGGCGGCGGCGGCGGACGACCCCGAGGCAGUGCCGCCCGUGGACCUGGCAGGCGCCCUGGACGACUCGUGGCAGCUGAACAAGCUCAACAUGCUCGGACCCACCGUGUUCAUGAGCCUCACACAGGCGCUGGGCGCACGGCUGCUGCCCGAGUACGAGCCCUGGUCUGUGGCGCUGUCCGCGCUGUCCGCCUGGCAGCGCCUGCUGGACACCGCCGCGCUGCUGCCGCCCGGAGCCACCAACGCCACCGCCGACCCCGCCCGCGACCUGGCCCCGGGAGCCUACUACGCAGAGUGCGGCCGCCGGCUGGGCGCGUAUGCACGCGACUUCCUCACAGGCCCGCUGCUGGCCAACGUGAGCCUGCCGCCCAGCCCCGCCGGCGCCCCCGGUGGCGGCCGCGGCCUCAACUUUAGUGUGGACUCCGCCGCGCAGCUGGACGGGCCGCGGCUGCAGGUGCGGCUGCUGCGGCCGCUGGCGCUGACGCAGGCGGCGGCCCACAUGGUGUCGGCACUGGCGGCCCCGGGCGCGGCCGCCACCACACUGCGCUCGCUGGCCUUCUCGGAGCCGUUCAGGUCUGCGCUGUACCUUCUGGACGCCGCCUACGAGGAGCAGCAGGCGGGCGGCUCCGGCGGCGCGGCGGCGGCUGGGUCGCUGCUGCACGCGGACGUGCGCGGCGCGGUGUACCGUGUGGCUGUGGCCAGCGGGGCGCCGCUCACCUACAACACCGUCAAGCUGAUGUACGAGCGGUCCACGGACGCCACGGAGCGCUCCCGGCUGCUGAGCGCGCUGGCGCAGGCGCCCGACCUGCAGCGCAUCCAGCGCACCCUGGCCUACAGCCUGGACCCGCACGUGCGCCUGCAGGACAUUGGCGGCCUGCUGGCGGCGGUGGGCUUCCGCGGCGGCGAGGCUCACAAGCGCACCUGGGACUUUGUGUUCAACCGCACCGCCGACCUGGUGCGCCGCUACGGCUCCGGGCCAGACGCCGUCAGCAGCGCCAGCUACUCGCUGGGCAGGACACUCAAGGAGCUGGCCAAGGUGUUUGUGUCGCCGGGCCGGAUGGACGAGGUGCUAGCCUGGUCCGCCCGCUGGCCCGGCCUCAUGGACAGCGGGCUGGAGGCGGUGAUGCGCGAGAGCACGGCGCGCAACAGGGCCUGGCUGGCGGGGCCGGCGCGGCAGCUGUGCGAGUGGCUCAAGCAGCGCGUGACGUAGGCGGCGCCCCCUGGGCUGCGGGCCCCCUGGGCAGGGGGGGGGGUAGCUUGAUGGAGUGUAUGCGCACGAGUGCAUGGCGUGUUUGCGGUGGGGAUGGGAAGGUCGCGUUUGGGCACGGGAAGGGGCAAGGGGCAGGAAUGCGCUGGGGUGUGGGACAGCAGUGCGUGCGAGCAUACGGGGCGGGGGCGGGAAGAGUGCAUGGGAAGGGUCGGGUGGCAGCGCACGCAUGGCAGUGGUGUACAUGGCGCACAUGAGCAGCAAGACUAGUCGAGCGAGCAGUUUAAACGGCAAUGUCUCGUUCUUGGGGGGAUUGAAUGCAUUCGUACUGCACGGACGCGUGGGGGCUAUUAUCCUGCAACUCGGACGCAGAAAAUGAUGUGUGA